AUGGCGAAAGGAUUCCGCUUCCUCAACCUGAUCAAGCCGGUCAUGUGCAUCCUGCCGGAGGUGCAGGCGCCCGACCGCAAGAUCCCCUUCAAGGAGAAGGUCCUCUGGACGCUCGUCUCACUCGCCGUCUUCCUCAUCUGCUGCCAGAUUCCGCUCUACGGCAUCCGCACCAACAAGAGCGCCGACCCCUUUUACUGGAUGCGCGUCAUCUUGGCGUCCAACCGAGGCACACUCAUGGAACUCGGAAUCUCCCCGAUCGUCACCAGCGGCAUGGUCAUGCAGCUGCUCGCCGGAAGCCGCAUCAUCCAAGUUGACCAGUCUCUGAAGGAAGACCGUGCGCUCUUCCAGGGUGCCCAGAAACUCCUCGGCCUCAUCAUCACCGUUGGUGAGGCCGUGGCGUACGUCAUCAGUGGCAUGUAUGGCGACAUCCACGAUCUCGGCGCGACCCACGCCCUGCUGAUUAUUCUGCAGUUGUUUUUCUCCGGAGUUGUCGUGAUCAUCCUCGACGAGCUGCUGCAGAAGGGCUACGGUCUGGGCAGCGGUAUCUCGCUCUUCAUCGCGACCAACAUCUGCGAGACGAUCGUCUGGAAGGCGUUCAGCCCGACGACCAUUAAGACCGGGAAGGGCACGGAGUUCGAAGGUGCGUUGGUGGCGCUCUUCCACUGUCUGUUCACCAAGUCGAACAACAUCGUGGCGCUGAAGGAGGCGUUUUACCGCUCGAAUGCGCCAAACAUCACCUCGUUAUUGGCGACGAUUCUCGUCUUUUUGAUCGUCAUCUACUUCCAGGGUUUCCGCGUGGACCUGGCUGUCAAGUACCAGCGCGUGCGCGGCCAGCAGGGCAGCUACCCCAUCAAGCUCUUCUACACGUCCAACAUCCCCAUCAUUCUGCAGACUGCGCUAGUCUCGAACCUCUACUUCCUGUCGCAGCUGCUGUAUCGCCGCUUCAAAACGAAUGUCCUGGUGAAUCUCCUUGGUCAGUGGCAGGAGGUCGACGUCGGCGGCCAUUCCGUCCCCGUAGGCGGCAUCGCGUACUACAUCUCGCCGCCCGGGUCCUUCGGAGACAUUCUCGAGGAUCCUCUGCAUGCCUUCAUUUACAUCACCUUCGUCCUCGUCAGCUGCGCGCUCUUCAGCAAGACCUGGAUCGAGGUCAGCGGCAGCAGCGCCCGCGACGUCGCGAAGCAACUCCGCGACCAACAAAUGGUCAUGAAGGGGUACAGAGACUCCUCCCUCGUCCAGGUCCUGAACCGCUACAUCCCCACCGCUGCGGCCUUCGGAGGCAUGUGCAUCGGCGCGCUGACGAUCAUUGCGGACUUCCUCGGCGCGAUCGGUAGCGGCACCGGUAUCCUUCUGGCGGUCACCAUCAUCUACCAGUACUACGAGAUGCUCGCUAAGGAGCGCGAACAAGGUAGGCGUCUGCAGAGUUCUCAGAGCCGCCGACGAGUCUGCGCGUAG